UCUCGGAAACAGCCGUUCAUGGCAGCCACGCCUACACUCUGUGCUGCUCUCCGAUCUCCAGUCUCUUCCCGGAGAUUCUCUCCGAUUCGCAAAACCGUCGCUCCUCUGCAUUUCAGUGUCGUUCCUUCGCCUUUGUCUUCACGGUCCUCGUCUACAUUGCCUUGGCUCUUCCGUUCCGUUAGACUUUUUCGGCGGUCGCCGGCGGCGAAGCAGCAGGUUGAUGAGGAUGAGGUUGGAUUCGAUCAACCGCCGUCGCAGGAGCUUGCGAUAGCGUCGGCGUGUUUGGUUGGUGUCCUCACCGGAAUCAGUGUGGUUCUCUUCAACAACUGCGUUCACUUGCUCCGAGACUUCGCCUGGGAUGGGAUUCCUGAUCGUGGAGCUUCGUGGCUUAGAGAAGAACCGAUCGGGUCCAUUUGGUUGCGUGUUAUCCUUGUUCCGACUAUUGGCGGCUUGCUGGUCAGUAUACUCAAUCAGCUUCGAGAAGCUGCCGGAGAUUCCGCCGCAGAUUCUGAUACCGCUGAUUCUAAUCUUAAUCGCCUGAAGGCGGUGCUGCGUCCCUUCCUUAAGGCUGUUGCCGCAUGUGUGACUCUUGGGACCGGAAAUUCGCUGGGCCCGGAAGGUCCUAGUGUUGAAAUUGGAGCCUCCAUCGCGAAAGGAGUUAAUUCUGUGUUCAAUAAAAGUCCUCAGACUGGGCUCUCGCUUCUUGCCGCUGGCUCAGCGUCCGGAAUUUCCUCUGGAUUCAAUGCAGCUGUUGCUGGAUGCUUCUUUGCAGUUGAGUCCGUUUUGUGGCCUUCAUCAAGUGACUCAUCAAUAUCACUUCCAAACACAACUUCAAUUGUUAUUCUUAGUGCUGUUACUGCUUCUGUUGUGUCGGAAAUUGGCCUGGGAUCUGAACCUGCGUUUAAGGUUCCUGAUUAUGACUUCCGCUCUCCUGGAGAACUUCCACUCUAUCUUUUAUUGGGUGCUCUGUGUGGCUUGGUCUCAUUGGCAUUAUCUCGAUGUACAUCAUCCAUGACAUCUGCUGUUGACAGUCUUAACAAAGAUGCUGGGAUACCAAAGGCUGUAUUUCCUGUAAUGGGUGGCUUAACUGUUGGUAUCAUAGCUUUGGUAUACCCUGAAGUCUUAUACUGGGGUUUUGAGAACGUGGAUAUUUUGUUGGAAUCUCGUCCAUUUGUGAAGGGCCUUUCAGCUGAUCUUUUGCUUCAGCUGGUAGGUGUCAAGAUAGCUGCAACCGCAUUGUGUCGGGCUUCUGGACUGGUCGGUGGAUACUAUGCUCCUUCUCUCUUUAUUGGUGGGGCAGCAGGAAUGGCCUAUGGAAAGUUUAUUGGACUUGCUUUGGCUCAGAAUCCUGAAAUCCAUCUCUCUAUCCUGGAAGUGGCAUCGCCACAAGCUUAUGGUCUGGUUGGAAUGGCUGCUACACUUGCGGGAGUUUGUCAAGUUCCUCUUACAUCGGUACUACUGCUGUUUGAACUUACACAAGACUAUCGUAUAGUGUUACCCCUUCUCGGAGCUGUAGGCAUGUCUUCAUGGAUUACUUCUGGACAAUCAAAGAGACAAGAAACUAGAGAAACGAAAAAAAGAAAGAGCCAAGAUGACGUACAGCCUCUGACGACAUCUGAUGCUGAAUCAUCAACGAAUAACCUUUGUGAAGUUGAAAGUUCUCUUUGCAUUGAUGAUUCAAGUAUCCAAGCUGAGGAGCUGCCGAAGAUUAUCUUUGUUUCAGAAGCCAUGCGAACAAGAUUUGCCACAGUUAUGAUGACCACUUCUCUGGAAGAGGCAAUAACUCGUAUGCUGAUAGAGAAACAAUCCUGUGCGUUGAUUGUUGAUCCUGAUAAUAUCUUUCUCGGUCUACUUACACUUUCAGACAUUCUAGAAUUCAGCAAAGCAAGAAAAGAAGUCAACAAAAGACCCAAGGAGUUUUUGGUUAAUGAAAUAUGUUCGAUGAGCGGAGGAGGAUGUAAAGUCCCGUGGACUGUUACACCUGAUAUGGAUCUUCUCGCUGCCCAAACAAUCAUGAACACGCAUGAAAUUUCUCAUCUUCCAGUCGUUUCAGGCAACAUUGAUUUUCGCAGAAUACACCCUGUUGGGGUCCUAGAUAAAGAAUGUAUCACUGUAACACGAAGAGCUCUAGCAACCAGAAUGUUCCUCGACUGAGAAUCUCUGCAUUCGUAAACGGGCUUGCUUUGUAACUUUUCUUGAGCUGAUCAACCAGGAUGAUUUCAAUCUUUUUCUUCUAUGAGGCUCGGGGCCAAUUUUUGUUCCUUAUAUCAAGAGAAUUGGGGAGAACGGAGUUGAUUUGUGCAGCAUGGAUAGAAGUCGUCUUCUCCAUCUGUUGGUUGAAAGAAUGGUGGAAACUCCAUGUCCCGCUUAAGGUGUUAAGCAAUCCGAAGGGAAUACAAACCUGGCACGUGGGUACUGAGAAAAUCUUCAGAAUUUUUUUCUUGAGACCAAAGAUACUGUGCUCAGGUGAUUUGUAACCAUUCCUUUUUUUUUUUUUUGCGUACAGAUUGUUACUGUACCUUACUCAAUAUUUGUCUAUUUUGUAAAUUGCUAAUUUGGCUUUUAUCAUAUUGAGAAAGUUUCAACUA